CAGCGGGCGGCGUUGGGGGCCGAGGUGCAGGAGGGCGAGCGGGCGUCGGGUAGAGCUGGCUCCGGGGCUGGGGACGGGGAGCAGGGGUCGGUCCGCGUGGGUCCCGGGUGGGCGGGGGGCUGCUGGUCCUCCUGGGAUGAGGGAGGUGGGCGUGGGGUCUGCGCGGUGCUCGUGGAUACCCAGGUCCCUAGCGGGGUGGAUUCCUUCACCGAGGGCCAAAGGGCUCACAGGGGAGGACAGGUGUGGGAAGGCGUGGGAGGCCGGGCCAGGCUGACUGAGGGCGUGGGGGCUCGGACGGGCUCCGGUGCGGCGGUCCCCAGGACGAGAGACGCCACGCUUUCGGAGAUGCUGGCCGGCCAGCCUCGGGCCCCCGAGCGCGCGGCGGCGGUGCGCGCCAGCGUCCCGCAGAAGCUGGCCGAGGCGCUGAGCAGCCAGUACGGGCUCAUGGUGUUCGUGGCGGGGCUGCUGCUGCUGCUGGCCUGGGCUGUGCACGCGUCGCGCGUGGGCAAGGGCGACCUGCUGGGCUUCCUGACGGCGCUCAUGCUGCUGCAGCUGCUCUGGAUGCUGUGGUACGUGGGCCGCAGCGCCGCGCAGCGCCGCCUCAUCCGCCCCAAGGACGCGCACGCCGGCGCGCGCUGGCUCCGCGGCAGUAUCACCUUGUUUGCAGUCAUUACAGUCAUCCUGGGAUGCCUUAAAAUUGGGUACUUCGUUGGAUUUUCUGAAUGCUUGUCAGCCACUGAAGGAGUUUUCCCUGUCACGCACGCAGUGCACACCCUCCUGCAGGUCUAUUUUCUCUGGGGGCAUGCAAAGGAUAUUAUCCAGUCUUUCAAAACACUGGAAAGGUUUGGGGUCAUCCACUCGGUGUGCACCAACCUGUUGCUCUGGGCCAACAGCGUGCUGACCGAGUCCAAGCACCAGCUGAACCAGCACAAGGAGCGGCUCAUCACUCUGGGCUUCGGGAACGUGACCAUGGUUCUAGACGACCACACCCCGCAGUGCAACUGCACCCCCCAGGCCUUCUGCUCGGCCGUCUCCUCCGGGAUCUACUAUCUGUACCCCUUCAACAUCGAGUACCAGAUCCUGGCCUCCACCGUGCUCUACGUCCUCUGGAAGAACGUCGGCCGCAGAGUCGACAGCCACCAGCCCCCGCAGAUACGGUUCAGGUUUCACGGGGUCGUGGUGGGCUCCGCCCUGGGCCUCACGGCGCUGGCCGCCACCAUCGGGGUGGUGGUGGUGUAUCUGGUCCGCAUCGGGCGCUCCAAAACCAAGAGCGAGUCGGCGCUCAUCAUGUUCUACCUCUACGCCAUCACCCUGCUCCUGUUCAUGGGGGCUGCCGGGCUGGUGGGCAUCUGGCUGUACAGGACAGAUGAGACGUCGCUGGAUGAGUCCAAAAACCCGGCCCGCAAACUGGACGCGGACCUCCUGGUGGGCACCGCCUCUGGCUCCUGGCUCAUCUCCUGGGGCUCCAUCCUGGCCAUCGUCUGUGCCGACACCUGCCCCCCCUACACCUGGUACAACCUGCCCUACUCCAUCCUGGUGAUCGCCGAGAAGUAUAUCCAGAACCUCUUCAUCAUCGAAUCCAUCCACCGGGAGCCCGAGACGCUCUCCGAGAACAUCCAGACGCUUCGCGUGGUCACCGUGUGCGGCGGCGACACCACCACUCUCCCCCCUUCCGGUCUCCAGGGCAGCGGAGGUGUGGCCGGGGACGCGGCUCCCCAGGGCGGGGACAGGCCACCUGCGGCCAAUGGCAGCGCGUGCCUGCGAGAAGCCGGCGGCAAAGCAGAGGGAGAGGGGAGCCGGGCGGCCUGCAGCCCCCUCUGCCUGCAGGGCGAAUCCAAGAGGAGAGCGCUGAGAAACAUCGCCGCCUUCCUGUUCCUCUGCAACAUCGCGCUCUGGAUCCCUCCUGCCUUUGGCUGCCGGCCCGAGUACGACAACGGCUUGGAGGAAACCGUCUUUGGCUUCGAGCCCUGGAUCAUUGUGGUGAACCUGGCCAUGCCCUUUUCCAUCUUCUACCGCAUGCACGCGGCUGCCUCCCUCUUUGAGGUCUAUUGUAAGAUAUAGCCGGGGUGGACGUGAGACCCGAGGGUGAGCCAACGAGACAGCAUCAUGGGAGCCACCUGGGAGUGGCCGGGUCGGGCGAACAGCGCCCGACAAAGGCCCCUUUUGUCUGCACUGGCUCUGUCUCCUCUGGGUGGCACGGUCCACCGCCCUGGGGAGUGUGGGCAGGGCAGAGCCAGACUGGGGUGCGGCUGUGUCCCUGGCCAGUUCAUUCUAAUCAAACUGUUUCUUCUCCAUCUCAGCGAGACCCGCUGGUUUAGAAGCAUGGGGUGCUGGGUUGGAAAAAAAAAAUCCAGUCUGUCUUUCAUCAAAAGCUUCUCCUGUUUGUAAUUCACCGUGUGACACAGCCUUUCCCGAUCGCCUGCAUGGCCACCCGUCCUGAAUGUCACCUCCACAGGGCCAGUGCACGCAGACACAGUCUUGGUGGCUUACACUUAGUUUCCGAGUGGACCCGGCUUUGAACGGUGUCACUGUUCUCAUCGGGAUGGAGAUUUGUGCGAAGACAUCUUCCCUACCUGGGAAUCGGGCAGGUUUUACCUCUGAUCAUGUUGGUGCAUGGAUUCUUUGCAUUGUGAUCGACACACGAGACGGGUCGCAAUAAAUUCAAUGUUGCAUCCAUUUUCUCCCGCUUAGCAAUAUGGCCCACACACUCUCAACCUUUAUCGAUAGCAUCUUCUAGCUUUGUUGUAGUCCAUCACGUGCACGCAUCAUAAUUAACUUACUUUCCUAUUACUGGGUUUUGAAUGUUUGUAACUUUUGACUGUAAAAUCAACCACUUCUGUAAAAUAUUUCCUACAUUUGGAGUUGCUUCUUUAAGACAUAUGAUCGAAGUCAGCAUGCCCAAGUUCUU